AUGCCGGACUGCUCCUACUUCAACUCCAACGCCGUGCCCUUGAAGCUCUCCUUCCAGAACGUGGAUCCCCUCGGCGAGAACAUCCGCGUCAUCUUCAAGUGCGGGGACGACCUGCGGCAGGACAUGCUGACGCUGCAGAUGAUCCGCAUCAUGAACAAGAUCUGGGUGCAGGAGGGGCUGGACAUGCGCAUGGUCAUUUUCCGCUGCUUCUCCACGGGCCGCGGCCGAGGCAUGGUGGAGAUGAUCCCCAACGCCGAGACCCUGCGCAAAAUCCAGGUGGAACACGGCGUGACGGGCUCCUUCAAGGACCGCCCGCUGGCAGACUGGCUGGAGCAGACCAACCCCCGGCAGGAUGAGUACGAGAAGGCUGUGGAGAACUUCAUCUACUCAUGCGCGGGCUGCUGCGUGGCCACCUACGUGCUGGGCAUCUGCGACCGGCACAACGACAACAUCAUGCUCAAGACCACGGGCCACAUGUUCCACAUCGACUUCGGCAGGUUCCUGGGCCACGCUCAGAUGUUCGGCAACAUCAAGAG